AUGAUCACCGCUAUAAAUGGUACCAACGGCCGUUCUCCAGGAACACAAAACCGUCGGAACGGGGACUGGUCGCCACGAGGCUGGAGCGGAAACAAGCGAAUAAUUUUCUUGGCCGUGGCCGCGAGCUGCAGAGCUGGCUACAUCAACCCAUCUGGCUACCCCGAGCCCCAAAUACAUCCCCAGGCUGCGCCUCAGAGGUACGCACCACCGGCGCCGGUCGGACAAGACGGAAACGUGAUCGAUACACCGGAAGUCGCUCAAGCCAAGGCUGCUCACUUCGCCGAGUUCGCCAGGGCAGCCGCUAGGGCCGCCGAGGAGGCCAAGAACCAACCCCAACAACAGGCUGAAUACCAACCCCAGGCGCCGUCGCAAGCUUAUAGCUAUCCCUCGGCGCAACCAACUGCAACGAACUACCUUCGACAACCGAGCUAUCAGUCCCCCGCUCCUAUCUACCAAUCAGCUCCAGCGCCGGCGUACAAUCAACCAAGUCCGGUGUCCUAUCAGCCCCAGUACAACAGCAAUCCGAAUUACAUCGGUCAGCAGAGCUACGCGGCGGCGUCGAACGUGAAACCAACCCCGUUCGUUCCCGCGCCCCUCGCCGAGGAUGGCACGGUGCUCGACACGCCGGAAGUGGCCGCUCUAAAGGCCGCCAGGCUGGCGGAACUCGCCGAGGCCGAAGCCAGGGCGUACAAGUACGCGCAAGAAUACAAACCGGAAGUCCAAGGCCAAGCUUACGGUGAACCUCAAAGUGCUCCAGUUUCGUACAACGCCAGACAAUACAAUCCUGCCGCGGCACGAGUGUAUCCUGGCCCAGGACAAUCGUAUCCCGCCCCACAGUCCGCUUACGGAAACGCUGCCUACCAAUCGCAAAGCUAUCAAUCGCAACAAUUAGGUGGCUCUUACUGA